CAGCUGCGCCUUUGUCUUUCGCUCCCGAUCGCCCUUGUUGGAGGCCGCUGCGACAUAUCCGUGGCUCGGUAUACCUUCAAGGCUGAUCCGCUCGAAAACCGGUGCAGCGACGGCACCCGCACUCCAUAAAAGGGCCCUCAAGUAGGAGGCCCUUUUGCUCGGUGCUCGCUCCCACGCGCGAGGCGCCGCGCGUCAAAAGACGGCCAGCGCGCAGACGCCACGGGACCGUGCCCCGCACGGAGACCCGCCCGCGCCACCACAAGCACACCGAGGCAUGAGCGCCGCGACGCCCCGAAGACUAGCCCAGCGCCUCGGCUGGACGAAGGCGAGCGACGGCAAGGGCGGCGACUGGGAGGCCUGCGGCGGCGCGGCGAAGUUCAACCUCGAGAAGCUCGUUGGAAGAGGCAGUUACGGCCAGGUCUGCGCCGCCACUCAAAUUAGUGAUGGGAAGCAGGUCGCCGUGAAACGAGUGGUAGGAGCCUUCGACUCUCGCAGGGACGCGCUGUGCAUCAUCCGCGAAGUGCGCAUACUCGCAGCCUUGCCGCGGCACGACAACAUCGUGAACCUCCUAGAUGUGAGGACGCCGCUCGAAGACCCCAGUGAUGAUGCGGACGUGUUCCUCAUCUUUGAAAAAGCAGCCACGGACCUGGAGAAGGUCGUGGCCUCGAACCAGUACUUCACGGGCGACCACAUCCGGUGGCUCUCGCUCGACUUGUUGCGAGGCCUGCGGUGGCUCCACAGCGCGGGCGUCGUCCACCGCGACCUCAAGCCGGCGAACACCGGUGUCCGUAUUUCAAGGGGAAGGGGGUCUGCGGCGGUUUCACGCCAUCGACGCGCGUCGUCUCCAGGAGAGGAGGCCGUGGGUGGUCUCUUUUCCGAUUUUGAGGCCGUUUUUGACUGAGACGGUUCCGUCCGCACAGGCGAACUGCCUCCUGGAGGUCAAGCCCGUCUCCUUGAAGAUCUGCGACUUUGGUUUAGCGCGAACGCUACCUCGACAACACUUACAACGUUCUGUGUCAUUACGGGCGGCGGACGACGACGACGCGGAGUCGCCCAAAGUGUUGCAUGCGCGGCCGCCCUUGCGGCGCCAGAUGACCACGCACGUCGUGACGCGGUGGUAUCGGGCGCCCGAGUUACUGCUGCGGGCGCCUCAAUACAAUAGUAGUGUCGACAUGUGGGCUUGUGGGUGCGUCCUAGCUGAACUUUUGUCCAUGGAAAAGGCGUCGGUGAAGUGUUAUCUUGAUAGAAGACCGUUGUUCCCCGGGGACGCGUCCGACCUGUCGCCGAGAACGAGGGCGAUCGAACCGGGCGACGACCAGCUCGCUACCAUAGUCCGAGUCGUUGGUUGUUCAGUACAGGACGUGGCAGCUUUAUCGUCUUCGACAGAGGUGGCUCAAAGACUAGAGGCUGCGAAACGGGCCGCCCCUACAGGCAGGAGGACCUUCGCCGCGCUGUACCCGGGCGCGGAGAAGGACGCCGUCGACCUGCUGGAGAAUUUGAUCAAGAUGGACCCGGCACAACGGUACUCGGCGGAUCAAUGUUUGGAUCACGCCUACCUGAAGCCGAUCCGCGGUGCAAAUGAUUUACUGGCGCCGCCGGACGCGCUGGACUCCGUGGACCCCGGGCCGUCGCUAGGGUUACCGCAGAUCCGGCGGUUGAUUCGGGACCACGCUCGCGGAUUUGCCCAAGUCGCGGAGGCCGUCGAGCCGGCGGCGAAGAAGCGGCGCACUUGAGUACUUGACCCCGGACGCGAGGCUAGUGCCCCUAAGGACCGCUGUGUUUUAUCACCGCGACCGUCGACGGCGUUGG